UUCACGUGUAGUCUGUAGUGUUGUUCUUUAUUUUAUUACAAAAAUGGAUUUUGAUGCGUUUGAGGACGACCUCGAAGUUCUUGAAUUAAUCGAAGUGGAAAUACCGCGACAAAUUUAUUUAAGAGCCGAUCAUUUUCAUGAUCUGCCGGAUCUUCAGUUUUUUCAAAGGUUUCGGUUAACCAAAGAAACAGUAUUAUAUUUGUUAGCCCAAAUAGAACAUCAUUUGGAAUUUCCAAACGACAGAAAUGCAGCCGUGGCACCAAUCAACCAAUUGUUGACGACAUUACGUCUAUUUUCCACAGGAGGGCAUCUUAGCAGCGUGGCAGAUUAUAUGGGAAUGCAUUUGUCUACUGUGUCCCGUAUUGUUAAGAAAGUGUCUGAAGCGAUUGCAAGGUUGUAUCCACAGAUAAUUAAAAUGCCACGGACUCGGAUGGAACUCCGACGAACUCAAAAUAAAUUUUUUGAAAUCUCGCGAUUUCCAAGGGUGAUAGGUGCUAUUGAUGGCACUCACAUAAAAAUUGAAUCUCCAGGUGUUGAACAUGCAGAAGUCUUCCGCAACAGAAAAGACUAUUUUUCCAUAAAUGUGCAAGCUAUGUGCAAUGCUGAAAUGAAAUUUAUAAAUGUUGUUGCUCGAUGGCCUGGGUCUACCCAUGACGCAACAAUAUUUAAUAAUUCUAACAUAAGAAGAGAUUUUGAACAGAGAAUCUACCCAAAUUGUAUCAUUUUAGGAGACAGUGGUUACCCUGUUCGUCGCUAUUUUUUAACUCCAAUGUUAAAUCCACAAACACAAGGGGAGCAACUCUAUAACGAAGCACACAUUCGAACUCGCAAUGUUAUAGAAAGAAGAUUUGGGGUGUGGAAAAGAAGAUUUCCCAUUCUAGCCUACGGAUGUAGAUUGAAACAAGAUACUGUGCUAGCAGUAAUAAUUGCUUGUGCAGUCUUACAUAAUAUUGCCCGGGAAAGGGGUGAAGAAGACCCUCCAUUGCCAGCAGAAAUCAACCAACAUGAAUUACAACAGUUGAUUGAAGCUGGCAACAUUCCAGAAGUUCCGGCAGCAAUUAAUGGUCGGGAGAGAAGGGGAGCAGGACACGAGUUUAGGAGGAGUUACAUAACAAACUUUUUUAAUAGGCAACAUUAAAUAUUUUAUUAUCAUAAAUCUAUAUUAGUAAAUUUUAGUUUUUUUAA